AUGGACUUGUUAUCAGCAAUAACUCAUCAUAAUAGUAACCACAAAAGCGAAGCGCGAAGGUCUAACCUAUCUUUCGCACUUUAUACCUUCUGUGCGCUGGGGUGUUGCAUGCUUGUCAUUUUUAUUGCACCUUGUCGCUACUCGUAUGAGGACCAGGUAAGAUCAGGGUCUUUUGCGUCCUUCGCAUUGUGCACAGCCUUUGUAAUAUUAGAACUCGUGAUCAUAACUAUGUUUAUACGUGCGUUGACUGCACUGUGCCGCUGCCAUUUAAUUCCGAAGCCUACUUAUUCAUCUUCAAAUUUAGGCUUCGCCAAGUUUUUAAUUAAGUUUAUAUGCUCUUGUCUGUCAAACGGCCUGUUGCAUAUUUUUAGAUUUUAUAUGUUUUACGCGUUUGCCAUUAUGGCAUCAUGUGUAGGUCUUUCUCGUCUUCCCUUUGCUUUGUAUUUUGUUUUACAAUGCAUUGAGAUGGUGAUGUUUCUUGUCUACUCAUUCAAACCCCAAACUAACGUUGCCCUUGUUAGAGUACUGGUAUAG